AUGCCACGCUCUGCCUCCGACCCGCUGCUGGCGGUGCCGCCACCUCCCACCUCCGCUUCGUCGUCGAUUGACCAAGAAUCGCCAGCAUCGGACCGACAGCGAGCGAUCCGCACCGCCAUCGCCCUGCUGGCUGUCGCAGCCAGCUACGUGCUCGCCUCCACGUACUCGUCGCCACAGGUGCUGCAGGCAAACCGACCGCCUCACUCCUUUACGGCUCCAACGGUUGAGGGCGGCGGGUACUGCUAUACUCCUCCGUGCAACCCAUUCUCGGGCACCUUCAAGUCGCCACUCUUCCGCAACCCUACUGCCGUCGUGGGCACGCCGCCAGACAUGAAGCGUGUGGUUGCCUUUCAUGGCUACCUGGCCGCCCUCCUCGGAGGCAGUCUGCUGCUGCAGGCCUCUCCCCGGCUGCGGGCGGCGUCCUCCGCCAGCGUGUGCCUCUACCGCCUCUGGCGCGGCUCCUUCGGCGCAAUCCUCUUCCUCCUCCUCUCGGGCUCGCUGCUUGGCUGGUGGGCGGUGGACGCGGCUCAGCUGGGCAAGCUCAAGCCCUGGGCGCACUCGACGGCGGUGGACAACCUGAAGCAGCUCGGCUCUGCGGCCGGCCACAGCCUGAACCUCGUCCUCGGCCUCUCGCUGCUCCCGAUCGGCAAGCGCUCCUCCCCUGUACCGCCUGUCUAUCGGACACGCAAGCGCUCCUCCCUCUCCGCCGCCUUUGGCCUCUCGUGGGAGAGCGCCCUCGCGUACCACCGCUGGCUGGGCGGGCUCGGCCUCGGGCUGAUGCUCGUGCACGUCAGCCUCGAGUUGGCGGCCUGGGCCUUUGACGGGGCGCUCGUCACUAACCUGCUCCACUACGCACCCACCCACGCGGACACCGAUAUCAACGCCUGGGUCAUCCCGCUGAUGGAGGCGGUCGGCGCCGCCUCCCUCCUCGCCGGCGCGGCCGCGCUGCCGGCCGUCCGCCGCAGGAGCUACUACACCUUUUACCGGCUGCACCUGCUGCUGCCCCUCCUCCUGGUCGCCACCCUCGUCCACUCUUGGGACUUUUGGCAGACGGCGAUGGUCGGGUUGUGGCUCUACCUCCUCGACAAGGCGGAGCUCGCCUCACUGCUCGCCCUCGACCUCUCCGGCUCGCGCCGCUGCACGCUCGAGGCCUGCCGCCCCGUCGGCGACGACUUCGUGGCGCUUGCGCUCCGCUUCCCACGCGGUGCUGCGAGCGCGCGGCCAGGCCAGGUCGUCUACGUGCAAGUCCCAUCGCUCUCCUGGCUCCAGUUUCACCCGUUUACAGUGAGUGACCGCGGCGCCAAGGUCGGCGAGCGGGCUUCGCUGAGCGGCGGGGGCACCGCCCACUCUCCCGCCGACGCGGCGGUGCGGCACCUGAGCAUCAAGGCGGGCCGCAAGGGGUCGUGGACGCGAGGGCUGCACUCCCUCGCGGCGUCCCGCCUGGCGGAGGGUGGCGGGCAGGAGGGUGGCGCGGCGCCGCUGCGGGUGCGAGCGAUCGGCCCAUUCGGAGAGCCGGAGGAGCGCGCGGCGGCGCAUCCGCAACUUAUCCUCGUGGCUGGCGGCGUCGGCAUCACGCCGCUCUCCGCACUCGCGGGCGCAUUCAUCGCUCGGGCGGCGGCGGAGCCGGGGUCGAGGCCGCCUACCACUUCGCUGCGGCUGGUUUGGGUAGCGCGGGACGUGCGGCUCUUCGUCGAGUAUGCGCUGCUGCUGGAGGAGCUGAUCGCGCUGCCUCGCACCUCCGUGCGGCUCUACCUGACGGGCAAGGCACAGGAGGAGCGACCCCUGCCCGCUUGCGUCGGAGACAACGUCACGCUCGGCCGCCCCGACCUCGCCCGCCUCCUCCCCUCCCUACUCGGAGAGAUGAGGCGGGAGGCGGCCGCACCGCAGCCGCGGGCCGCGUCUGCGCCGGACGCGCGCAGGCGGGGGGAUGGAGGAGCGGUGCUCGGGGCGAUGGAGGCGGGGCAUGCCGCCCCGGCCAGAGCCUCGGCUCCGUCAGGCGAGGGCUGGUGGGCGGGUGCUGCGGUGCGGCCGCACGUCUUUGUGUGCGGGCCGGCCGUGCUCGAGGCGGGGUGUCGCGCCGCCUAA